AUGAACCAGACAAUCAGGGUGGCCGCCUGCCACGCAUCGCCCGUCGUUCUGUCAGCAGCAGAUACGACGGAUAAAUGCAUCCGGCUCAUCCAUGAAGCCGCCAACAACGGGGCCAACCUCGUCGUCUUCCCGGAAACAUACAUUCCCGCAUUCCCGGUAUGGAGCUCCAUGCUGCCACCCACCGAGAACCACGGCUUCUUCGCCCGCAUGGCCCAGGAGUCCAUUUACGUCGACGGCGACGAAGUCCAGGCCAUCCGCAACGCCGCCCGUGAGAAAGCCAUCUCCGUCAGCAUCGGCAUCUCAGAGAAGGUGCGGUACAGCAGUGCGACCCUGUUCAACACAAACCUCAUCAUCGCUGAAGAUGGCCGCCUGCUCGUCCACCACCGCAAGCUGAUGCCCACCUUCUUCGAGAAACUCACUUGGAGCCCCGGCGACGGCCACGGCCUGCGCGUCGUCGACGUCGCCCGAGGUUGCAAGCUGGGCGCUCUGAUUUGCGGCGAGAACACGAAUCCUCUUGCGCGCUACACCCUCAUGGCCCAGGGCGAGCAGCUGCAUGUUUCCUCCUGGCCGCCCAUGUGGCCCACCAGGGAUCCGACCAGUUCCGCGUCGACGGGGGAGAGGAACUACGACAACGUCACGGCUAACAGGACGCGCGCGGCUGCCCAUUGUUUCGAGGCCAAGUGCUUUGGCGUGCUGUGCGCCGGCUUUCUCGAUGAUGCUGCCGUCGAGGCCAUCGUGUCGCUAAGCAGCGACCAGGACUUGGUGCGCAACAUCAUCCGUCAUUCGCCUCGCGGCGCGUCCAUGUUUUUGGAUCCUACCGGAGCCCUCAUUACCGGAUUCACGAGCCAGGACGGCGAGAAGGAGAAGGAGAAGGACUAUCUGCAGGCCGAAGAAGGAAUACUGUAUGCGGAUCUGGAUCUCGCCAAGUGCGUCGAGGGCAAACAGUAUCACGACGUGGUCGGCGGCUAUCAGCGGCUCGAUGUCUUUGACCUGAAGGUAGAUAGGACUCGAAGGGAGCCUGUCACGCUGCAAGACUGA